CUAUAUUACUCUAUGGUAAUUUUGCUUUGUGAGUUGUGACAUAUUGUAAUUGUGUGCAAGUGAAAUACUGUAAUUGAAUAGGUAUUUGAUAUCAAUGAUGAGAAAACUUAUUGUGCCGAAUUGAUAAUUACUAAAAUGAGUGCCCAAGCCAGAGGUCCUGCAAAACGCAAAGUUAAGCCGGUAGAGCCGCAGUCUUUGCUCGAUUUUGAUCUUGGUGAAGGAGAGAGUUCUGAUGACUCAGAUUUUCGAAUAGAAGAUCAUCCAGAAGAGAGUGAUGAUUAUUCAAUCAAUACGGACGAUGACAAAAAAGGAGGCCGGAACAGUGCAUCAUCUGGGGAUGAAUCAGAAUCUGAGGAUGGUGACUACAAAAAUUCCAAUAAACUGGGAGAGGAGUUGUCCGUCAAUGAUGUUCUGGAAAAAGCUAAACAGCAAGAAUUUAAGUUUUCAGGUGAAUUAGCAAGUAUGUUUAUAUGUGCGGGCUGUUUGGGAUCAAGGAGUGAUGAUUUUAAUGAAAUUGUUGAGUGUGAUGGUUGUGGAGUCACAGUGCAUGAAGGUUGUUAUGGAGUUUCUGAUGUGACAAGUGAAUCAAGUACUGUUAGCUCAGCAUCUACUGAGCCAUGGUUUUGUGAAGCAUGCAAAGCUGGCGUCACAGACCCAUAUUGUGAAUUAUGUCCAAAUAAAGGUGGUAUAUUCAAAGAAACCGAAGUGGGAGCAUGGGUGCAUUUAGUGUGUGCUCUUUAUGUGCCUGGAGUAGCUUUUUUCAGAGGUAAGAGAGUGGAGCGGCUGUCGGGCGUGACGCUGUUCGAGAUGGCGUACUCGCGGUGGGGCGCGCGGUCGUGCGCGCUGUGCGAGGACGCCACGCUGGCGCGCACCGGCGUCUGCGUCGGCUGCGACGCCGGCAUGUGCAAGACAUUCUUCCAUGUCACUUGCGGGCAACGGGAAGGUCUGUUGGCGGAAGCACAUACAGAAGAAGCCGAACAAGCAGAUCCGUUCUACGCUCACUGUCGUCUCCAUUCCGAUAAAGCUCUUGUUAAAAAGCGUAAGAGAAAUUGGCUGGCUUUGCAGUUAAGAACUGAAAAAAGGAAGUUGGAGCUACAGAAUAAUCUCAGUACAGAAGAAAAACUUAGGAUCCAACGUAAACUUGUGAAAUACAGACGAAAAUAUUUACAGCAGAAAGAAAAUAGGAAUCCACCAUGGGUCCCAACUCAGAAAAUGGCAAGGAUGUUGUACAGCAGUGCGUCGGCUAUGAGGAAGUUUCAACGCAAAGCUGAAUGCAUGGGCAUUGACACUCAUGCACUGGAAUUUCAAGAUGCACAAAUAACGGCUCUAAAAGAUGUGUCUCGUCGUUGGCACGUUCCGCCGGCGUUUUCGGUAGAAUUCGUCGGUUACUACUUGGAGCGGAACACGCGCGUCACGUCUCUGCGCAAGUCACUAGAACGGCUUACAAAAGAGAAUGAAACUUUGUUAGCCGACGAUGAUAAGUUAAGAUCUGACUACGACGUGGCAUCAAAAGAAAACAACGACACGUUAGCCGAGCUGACUUCAACACGAGAAGCUUUAAAGAAGAUAUACGAUGUAAUCAUUGCACUAUCCCCGAAGAGGACAAUACCGCCAGUUUUGGAAGAUAAACCGCUAUUACCGCCGGAAAUCCCUCGCUCCACGCCCAAAGUGACGCCUCAGCAAUUGCAGAGACGAGGGUCGGCCACCAGGUCUAUGUCUGUGCCGACUGCGGCAGCACUUAAGAUGGGCGUUGGUUUUCCUCUUAGCGACAACCCGGACGCUCGCCAAGGAAAAGUCUUGUCGACUUCGUUAGAAGCGGCGGCGGGCGCGGCGGGCGCGGCGGGCGCGGCGGGCGCGGCGGGCGCGCUGUCGGGGCGCGAGUGCGCCGCGUGCGCGCGCAGCAGCGAGCGGCACCUCAUGGCCACGUGCGACACGUGUCGCCAACACUACCAUCUGCACUGCCUCAAGCCGCCGCUGCAGCGGCCGCCCAAGAAGAGCAAGCUCUAUGGAUGGCAAUGCUCUGAAUGCGACAAAACUUCCGACUCAGAACCAGAAGUUCUUGAGAAGAAAGUUCCUCGUCGUUCGCGUAUACGAUAUAGUAAAGACGGCACUAUCCUUACAGAACCCCACAGCCCAGGAUCGACGCCGCACUCUCCCCCCUCGAAAUCGGAUAAACCACACAAACAGGAAAAACAAAUAAAAAUUGCAACAUCGGAAAACAUUUCACCCAUAAAGGUCACAAUAAAACCAUUCGAAUUCAGCAGUGAUGGAAACGAGAGUUCCGAAGUCAAACAGAAGAAAGAGAAGAAGAUCAAGAAGUCUAAAAUGAAAGACCACGCUUCGGCAUCAGCGGGUGAAAGCGACGUUUCUGCGAAAAAGUUGCAUAAACGCAGUUUCACGUCACCAACGCUAACAAACACUCCGCUUAUGUCGAUAACGCCUAUCGUAGUGGAUAGCCCUAAUGACUCACACAAUGAAAACUCUAAUGCAUCGACCAAUAUUGCAGGAAAAGAUAGUUUUGUACCGCGAAACUUAUCAUUCUCAUCUCUCCUGAGCGAAGCUAAAGAGCGAGAUAGUAAGGCAAUCGAAAGUUCGAUAGAGAGUACGCUAGCGAACCUUUCGUCGGAUAUCGCUACAUACAAAGCUAAUAGGAAACGAAGGAAAGAGAAGCAUCGGUCGCGAUAUUCGCCAGAUUUGUUGCGAUCGCCUUCGAAAUCGCACAAACAUAAAAGGAAGAAGAAGACGCAAGAUAUGGAGAAUCCGGAACCGCCGCAUCCGAGAAUCACUAUUAAGAUCAAACCAAUACCGAAACCCGAUGGAUCGUUAGACACCCAAAUGUUCUACGUUCCUACGGACAGCAACGAUGGACCACCGCCAGCAGUUAUGAAGAAACUAUCCAAGCAAGCGGAACAAGAUGCCAAACCGACCCCACCGCCCGCUGAGCCUCAACCCGCUGUACCCGCUGACCCUAUAAACACAACACCUACCUCGCGGUGCCGCGCGGCGCGUGCGCGCUCGGUGGCGGGCGGCGCGGAGCCGAGCCCGGCCGCGCUGGCGCCCAUGACGCACUGCGACGUGUGUCUGCAGCCCGGCGACGGCGCCAACCUCGUGCGAUGUGACGAGUGUUACAAAAGAUACCAUUUCACCUGUUUAGAGCCGCCGCUGAACAAGAACCCCAAGAAACGUGGCUACUCGUGGCAUUGUGCCGACUGCGAUCCAACGGACGUUGAAGAGAACAACUAAAAAUCAAGAUAAGGUAAUCUCAAGAGUGUUUGUGUUUCCCGUGGGUCGGUGCUUGACGUCGGCCAAUAUUUGUGGAUAUUGUAUUGUGAGCUUUUAAUUACUACUGCUUUAGUAGAUGUAUUUUAUUGAACAUUGUACUAAUAAAUGAAUAUGAUCGCGUUUUA